AUGCCUUGCGGUGAUGAGCUGUAUGUGACGGCCUGCCUAGAGCACGACGACGAUGAGAACAAGCGCAGCGAGGAUGCCUGUAGCCAGGGCUCCUCCCAAGAUGUACCCAUGCCUGCCGCCGGGCAGCAGGGCCCUGGGCUCUCAGUGUACGCCCACAACGCUCCCAAGUUCAAGUGUACGUUGUGUGCGUACACUGCCUGCGACCUCGCGGCGCUUGCACGACACCGACGCACAGCGCAUCGUGGCACCUGCUUCGUGGACCACUUCCACAGCGGGUGCAUGUGCGGCAUCGGGCACCGGUCACGUGCAGCGGCAACGAAACAUGCCCUCACGUGUCUAGCCAGCCCCUCGUACACCUCUGCCGCUGCACGUGACUCGCGCAAACCUGCCUCGACUUCCCCGCCGUUGCAUGCUCGUUCUGUUUGGCAUGCCUUGCACCCAGAGGAGAACCCAACACCACACGGCCCCUCAGCGCGGCAACUUCUGCGGCCACAGCAGUUGCAUCAAGCUGCUUUGUGCCCGCAGACGUUUCACACCCACAGAGCGCCGUGCCUGCCGCUGUCACUGCCGCCGGGCAUCACCAUGUCCCCCCAUGUGGUGCCCAUCUCUGUCCCAGCGUGA